AUGGCUUCUGUCCAGGUUGUCAACGUUUCCCUUCCCUCCUUGCCUUCGGGCUGGAGUGCCGACAAGGACUUCAAGCCCGUUGGCGCCCUCUCUGCUGCCGUUCAGCGCAACAUUGAGCCCGUGGGCCCGCACUUCCUUGCCCACGCUCGCCGAAAGCGCCACGCUCGCACUUUCUCCGAGGAUGAGCGCAUCCAGGCUCAGCAGAACGUCAAGAAGACUGAGGAGGAUGAGGAUGAGGACAUCUCCGAGGAUGAGGAUCCUAUGAUGCUCUCCCGUGAUGCUAAGGACUGGAAGGCCCAGGACCACUACGCCGUUCUCGGCCUGACCAAGUACCGCUGGCGCGCCACCCCCGAGCAGAUCAAGCGUGCCCACCGCAAGAAGGUCCUCCGCCACCACCCCGACAAGAAGGCUGCCAUGGGCCAGCGCGACGAGAACGACAACUUCUUCAAGUGCAUCCAGAAGGCUACCGAGCUGCUCCUGGACCCCGUCCGCCGCCGCCAAUUCGACUCCGUCGACGAGGCUGCCGAUAUCGACCCGCCCAGCAAGAAGGACGUCCAGAAGGGCAACUUCUACAAGCUCUGGGGACCCGUCUUCAAGGCUGAGGGUCGCUUCUCCAACAAGCAGCCCGUUCCCCAGCUCGGUGACGAGGACUCCACCCAAGAGUCGGUCGAGACUUUCUACAACUUCUGGUACAACUUUGACAGCUGGCGCUCGUUCGAGUACCUGGAUGAGGAUAUUCCCGAUGACGGUGAGGGCCGUGACCAGAAGCGUCAGACCGAGAAGAAGAACGCCAACGCCCGCCGCAAGCGCAAGUCCGAGGACAUCGCCCGCCUGCGCGAGCUGGUUGACGAGUGUCUCGCCCUGGAUGAGCGUAUCAAGAAGUUCCGCCAGCAGGCUCGUGCCGGCAAGGACGCCAAGCGCAAGGCCAAGGAGGACGAGGCCAAGCGUCUGAUCGAGGAGCGCGAGCGCGCUAAGGCCGAGGAGGAGGAGAAGAAGAAGAACGCUGAGGAGGCUGCCAAGGCUGAGCGUGAGGAGAAGAAGAAGGCCAAGGAGGCCGCUAAGAACGCUGCUAAGAAGAACAAGCGUGUUCUUAAGGGUUCCGUCAAGGAUGUCAACUACUUCGCUGAUGGCGAGGCCUCUGCUGCCCAGGUUGACGCCGUCCUGACCGACGUUGACCUCGUCAUGAGCAAGAUUGAUGUCGAUGAGCUUGCUGAGCUGGCCUCGCGUCUGACCAUUGCUGGCAAGGACAGCGGUGCCGUUAAGGCUGCUUGGGCUGCCGAGUCUCAGCGUCUCGUUGAGGCCGGUAAGCUGAAGGGUGGCGAGGUUAAGGCUUUCGCUUAG